GACAGCUUUCCAUCUAACCAGGGGCUGCCAGCUCAGUGGUAUCACUAAUGUGAAGAACUGUAAUGUUUAAGCUGCUUAGCUAGAAAUUUGUAAUGCAAGUUGGGCUUGAGCUGGAGCAUCAUUGCUGCUGUUUCUCCUACAACAACUUCAACAGCUCCAUUUGCAGAUUCAACAUGUUGAAUUGGCCCAAAAAAAAGCCAACGGACGCCAACAAGGGGACGAGGGUGGCGGAUGUUCACCAACAGCCCAACUUUAACCGACCAACGGCUUGGUGUGUCAGGGCCUUUCAACUACAAGAAAGAGAGGCUGUGGUCUUUGGUUGUGGUCUUGGUUAAUGGUUGAUCGAUCAAAGGAAUUUCUGGAGUGGCUGGAUUUUGUUUACUUCUUAUGAUUGAAUGAAUUGAGAAUUUUGUAACGAGUUCAAGUUUUAGCAAGCAAUGUUCUUUACAAUAGCAAGGCGUCGCUUGCCCCUCCUCCUUUUUUGUUGUAUUUCAUCAGGCACCAGAAGAAGUGGUCACAGUUCUAUCUGGCAGCCUGAGAUAAAGACUGAUCAUCAACCAUGAAGGCCAGAGCUUGUAAAAGGGAGUUCAGCAUCAUCUUCCUCUUGCUGGUUGUGUCUGUCUUAAUCAUUCUGCUACAAAACAUGGAGGUACCAGAGGAAGUGGUCACAGUUCUAUCUGGCAGCCUGAGAUAAAGACUGAUCGUCAACCAUGAAGGCCAGAGCUUGUAAAAGGGAGUUCAGCAUCAUCUUCCUCUUGCUGGUUGUGUCUGUCUUAAUCAUUCUGCUACAAAACAUGGAGUUUCACCACGCAGUGACCACCAUUGCUGCCCUGAGAGUUUCCAUUAACCUCACCAAGAAUCACAGCUUCUGCACCUUCCAGCCACUCUCCGCUGAGGAUGCUGUGGAGGAAAGCCUCCUACUGGACUCCAUUGCUUGGCCUGAAACUCCACUUUUGCCAGGUCCUGUUUCCCUGGAGAAUACCAGUGAUCCAGCUCACAGCACCUUCACCAUUCUCCCAAGGAGGGGAGGACAGUGGCAUGUAGGGGAUCAGCUGGAGGUUAUGAUAGAAAUGUGUGACUUCCAGGGUCGUCCCAAGAAGUAUGGGGGGGACCUCUUACUCGCCCGGCUGCACAACCCGAAGCUUGGUGCAGGUGUUGCUGGGCAAGUGGUGGAUCAUCUCAAUGGGAGCUACUCUGCUGUGUUCUCUUUACUCUGGGAAGGAGACGCGCAGGUUGAGGUGAUGCUGGUUCACCCUAGUGAGGCCAUUGCAGUGCUAUGCAGGCUGACCAAAGAACAGCCUGACAGGAUUUACUUCACGAGCCUCUUCCGCUCAGGCUCACGCUCUGAAAGUAGCAUCUGUAAUGUCCGCCUACGUCCAACCCAGCCGCUGUGCAACUAUACUGACCUCCGUACAGGCGAGCCUUGGUUCUGCUACAAGCCAAAGAACCUGAGCUGUGAUGCCAGGAUCGACCAUAUGAUGGGAGGAUACAAACAAAACAUCAAGGCCAACGAGGAGAAGCUCUUUAUAAAUGGUGCCAACAUGAAAGUCUUCAUUCGAUCUUCAGCACCUGCCAAUGUCACUGUGUUGCCAAAAAAUGAAGCCUUUAACUUCCUCUCAGGUCAGCCAGAGGUGAAGAGCAGCUAUUUGACACCUGGACCCUCCGGCUAUUAUUAUCAAGGUGUAUGGCGAGCACUAGGAGGCCCCACAGUUCACCAAUUCAACAACCCCCCUGCCAUCAGUCAGUGUCUGAAAGGCAAGGUGGUCCACAUGUAUGGAGACUCCACCAUCAGACAGUUUUUUGAAUACCUCACCCGAGCUCUACCAGAUCUUAAGGAGUUCGACCUGCACAGCCCAAGGCAAGUUGGACCUUUCAUGGCCUUGAAUUAUGCAAACAACAUCAUGGUCACAUUCCGCUGCCACGGUCCUCCUAUCCGUUUUGGCAAGGUCCCAGCCAGUGAGCUUCGUUACAUUGCUAAUGAACUAGAUGGCUUAACUGGAGGCACCAACACUGUCGUAGUUCUUGGCAUCUGGUCUCACUUCAGCACUUUCCCCAUGGAGGUGUACAUCCAGCGGCUGCAGAACAUCCGCAGGGCGGUGGUGCAGCUGCUGGACAGGGCUCCAGGCACACUGGUCAUCAUCCGGUCAGGAAACCCCAAAGCUUUGACACUUUAUGAGACAAUAACCAACAGUGACUGGUACACUCUGCAGCGUGAUAAGGUGCUCAGAGCCACAUUCAAAGGACUGAAUGUUCAUCUGAUUGAUGCCUGGGAGAUGGUUCUGGCCCACCACCUGCCGCACAGCCUCCACCCACAGCCUCCCAUUAUAGAGAAUAUGAUUAACGUUAUCUUGUCCCAUAUAUGUCCUUAAAGGGCAGUUAGUUGUGUGUUUGUUGGGAGAGAGGAGUAGGGAUUAAAGCACACAUUAAGUUUAUGUUAAUGUUAUCGCUGUGUUUCUACCAUGUGCUGCGUUUUUCCUUCAGCAGCCCAUACACAGGCUAGACUGACAAUCAAUUUUUAAUCAUGGAAUGCUGAGUGAGCACAAAAAAACCCUCACCUGAAAAGGAUUGAAAGCAGCUACAAGCCAUGUUGGGGUUGGGCAUUACAAACAACCACUACUUAACAUAUUACCUUAUUACCUCCUCGAUAUCUUGGAAUUGCCAAGCAGCAACACUUUAUGAUGAUAAUAAUCAAUAAUAAGUCACAUUUCAUGUGUUUGUUUCAGAACAAAAGUGAAAGUGUAAAAAUGAAAAUUUGUGGCAAUGCGUUGGACUAUAUGUUGGCUGAGUACAGUUUGGACUCUCCCCGGGUUGCUUGGCGACCUCAAAUGGUCAGCCUGCAUUACUUAAGCUGAUUGCGGCUUAUUGCAUGCAGCCAUGGUUCUGCUCUUUCUGACAGCUAGUUUAACAAAAACAUGUUAAUCAGUCUCAAAAUGACUCCUGGGAUGGUUUAUACACUAGACACUGUUGUUAUCAAGCACAGGGGGAGUUUCUUCCAUUCUGUUGUCGGUCAAUGCAGUGUGAAACUGCAAGGAGAUUCACUUUUUUUGUAGAAAUGACCUCAACAGCCACGGCUAGAAAAAAUAUCCCUCAAAAGAGAGAACAAGAUUCUGCUGUUAUAUGAUUAUGUAUACUGUUUGACAUGUUAACUGAAUUACAUCUUUGGUUGUGGGGUGGUGUGAUGUACAGAUAUAUAAUUUCCUUCUGAAUUGCAAUUUUUGUAUUUUUCAUUUUAUAUAAUGUCAGGGGAAAUAAUAAAUUACAUUUACUCUUGUUACUGUAAUUAAGUUGUGCUUUUUUUCCCUUUUGUUUUGAGUUCUUGUACUUCUUUUCUUCUUGUACUAUUUUUUUUAACUGUUUUUGUUGAGUUUUUUUUUUUUUUAAAUCAUACCCUUUUAUCACAAGGAUUGUACUCAGGUACAUUUCUAGAUGUAUCUGCAGGGAACUAUUACAUGAAAGUCAGGUUGAUGCUAGGACUUAGUAAACAAAACCAAAAGUGCACAGCAAUGCAGUACGAUUUUGGAUAAUUUCCUUAUGGGAUAUUGUCACCAUUAUCAUACCCUGGCAAAGUUUUAAAAAGGGUUGCAUCUACCUUAAUUAAACACUGAUUUAAAGUAGCACCCAGUGAGAAAGCUAAGUUACCCAAAUCAACACACCUGUUGCUGACCCAGUUGCGUGCUGGGUGUAACCAACACACUAAAAUACCACCAGCAGCAACUUCUGCUUUUAUUAAGCAGGUGUAUAUAAAUUGAGUCUCUCCUUUGCUUUGACUUGUAUGUUUAUACAUCUUAGUCUUGUUACCUUGGUGAUGUUGAUUCUGUAAAAAGCGGCAGGCUAUUUAUUUAAUGUAACCCUAAAUGAGUUGUUGCAUGUGUCAUGGUGUCCAUAGAAUUUUUUUUAUCGUUUUAUCAACCGUCUUUAAUUUUCUGAGUUUUGUCCUUUUUCUGGGUAAUUGUAAGUGGGCUGCAAGAAGGAAGGUGGUUGUACCGUGAAAUUUCAAUUAAUAGCCUGGGCUAUUAUUUGCUUAAAUCACUGAAAUCAACAGGCCUCAA